AUGAGGGGAGACGCGGGGAUGAGGGGAGACGCGGGGAUGAGGGGAGACGCGGGGAUGAGGGGAGACGCGGGGAUGAGGGGAGACGCGGGGAUGAGGGGAGACGCGGGGAUGAGGGGAGACGCGGGGAUGAGGGGAGACGCGGGGAUGAGGGGAGACGCGGGGAUGAGGGGAGACGCGGGGAUGAGGGGAGACGCGGGGAUGAGGGGAGACGCGGGGAUGAGGGGAGACGCGGGGAUGAGGGGAGACGCGGGGAUGAGGGGAGACGCGGGGAUGAGGGGAGACGCGGGGAUGAGGGGAGACGCGGGGAUGAGGGGAGACGCGGGGAUGAGGGGAGACGCGGGGAUGAGGGGAGACGCGGGGAUGAGGGGAGACGCGGGGAUGAGGGGAGACGCGGGGAUGAGGGGAGACGCGGGGAUGAGGGGAGACGCGGGGAUGAGGGGAGACGCGGGGAUGAGGGGAGACGCGGGGAUGAGGGGAGACGCGGGGAUGAGGGGAGACGCGGGGAUGAGGGGAGACGCGGGGAUGAGGGGAGACGCGGGGAUGAGGGGAGACGCGGGGAUGAGGGGAGACGCGGGGAUGAGGGGAGACGCGGGGAUGAGGGGAGACGCGGGGAUGAGGGGAGACGCGGGGAUGAGGGGAGACGCGGGGAUGAGGGGAGACGCGGGGAUGAGGGGAGACGCGGGGAUGAGGGGAGACGCGGGGAUGAGGGGAGACGCGGGGAUGAGGGGAGACGCGGGGAUGAGGGGAGACGCGGGGAUGAGGGGAGACGCGGGGAUGAGGGGAGACGCGGGGAUGAGGGGAGACGCGGGGAUGAGGGGAGACGCGGGGAUGAGGGGAGACGCGGGGAUGAGGGGAGACGCGGGGAUGAGGGGAGACGCGGGGAUGAGGGGAGACGCGGGGAUGAGGGGAGACGCGGGGAUGAGGGGAGACGCGGGGAUGAGGGGAGACGCGGGGAUGAGGGGAGACGCGGGGAUGAGGGGAGACGCGGGGAUGAGGGGAGACGCGGGGAUGAGGGGAGACGCGGGGAUGAGGGGAGACGCGGGGAUGAGGGGAGACGCGGGGAUGAGGGGAGACGCGGGGAUGAGGGGAGACGCGGGGAUGAGGGGAGACGCGGGGAUGAGGGGAGACGCGGGGAUGAGGGGAGACGCGGGGAUGAGGGGAGACGCGGGGAUGAGGGGAGACGCGGGGAUGAGGGGAGACGCGGGGAUGAGGGGAGACGCGGGGAUGAGGGGAGACGCGGGGAUGAGGGGAGACGCGGGGAUGAGGGGAGACGCGGGGAUGAGGGGAGACGCGGGGAUGAGGGGAGACGCGGGGAAUUGCCACAUAUUGCAUUGUAUAAAUGUUAAACAGGAGGUGGCGUCGGACGCGUCGGACAAUGAUGUUGAGGCGGAGACCAUUAAUAUAUCGUCGGAUGAAGCGGAGUAUGUGGCCUCGCCGUGCACGCCGCAGACGGUGGAUCCGUCGGAGACGUCCGAUUCUGACUAG